UUCCUCCCCUCUUUCCUUAUUUCAUCCCCUUCCCGCUCCUUAAUUCAAACCCAAAUCAUUCUUUGUUCCUUCUCAUCAUGUCCUCCGACAUAAACACCGCUGAACUCCGUCAACGAACCCCGUCAUUCUCCCGCCAUCAUUGUCUCCCGUCGGCUCGUCGGAAAUCCGGCAAGAAACCUCCCAAACAACUUAGACGAUCUCCUAAGCCUAUUCAAGUCAUGAUCAAAUCUUAUUCAGAGCCUCUUAUUAUUCAGCCUCUAGGCGACGGUGACAAUCUUAUAGGAGGUUGCCGGAGUUUUGACUCCGCGGAAGGUGCAUCAAUCGUGAGAUUUAACACUCUUGAUGAUGUCUUGCCGUGCACUUCUGACUUUAGUCGUAUUAAUAUGGGGUAUGAGAAAGAGGCAAAAGUGGUGAUAACAGUAACAGUAGAAGGGAGUCCAGGACCAAUAAAGAUAAUGGUUAAAUUGGGAAUGAGUGUGGAGGAAACAAUAAAGCUCAUACUUCAAAAAUAUGAGGAACAAGGCCGAACUCCUCACCUUUAUACAAACUCUGCUUCUUCUUUUGAUUUGCAUCUUUCCUACUUCAGCCUUCAAUGUUUGGAAAGAUCAGAUACAAUUGGAGAGGUCGGAAGUAGAUGCUUUUAUCUUCGAAAGAAUGGAAACAAGUAUGAUAACGAAGAUAAUAUACAAAUUAGUGAAGAUGUCCAUGAAAACGUGCUCUCUCCAUCUAAGCAAUUGAUUUUGCCUAUCACAAUCUUUCCUUCUUUGAUUGCUCGAAAAAUGAAUAAAUUGGAACGGCAAUUUCUUAGGUUACUCAAGUUAUUGGGUUGUCUGGAUGCUAGAUAGCCUUAAUCCUAUCGUGAGAUGUUUUUUAUACAUAAAGUUCGUUUAACAGAGAGACCGUCUCUUAUAAAAUAGCUCAUGCCUAAAAAUAUGGUAACAUUAAUCCCGCGUUUUAGUAGGGAAUUUAUGGAUGUGUGGGCUUAAUUAGCUUCAUCAUUUGAUAGUACGUGAAAUUAUGUGAGUAUGUGUUAAAGGGGGGGAAAAGGCCAACAACUAUCAUUCAACUAUCUUUAUGGAUUCAUGAGAUUUACUUCUUGAACUUGUACAUUGCUUGCUAUAUUAUUGGAAUCUUUAUGUUCAAUAUGUCUAAAUAAUAAAUUGUAAAGUAUUGUGUUAUUGAUAAUUUAAUAUGUGUAUUAAAUUGUAAUAAAACAAUCUUAAAA